AUGGUUAACUGGCGAUUGAUUCGUGGCAUGAGACCUCCGCUGAAUAAUGAAGAAUGGCGCAGAGAAUUCGAAAAGUACAAACAAUAUCCAGAGUAUAAAUAUAAAACGGUUGAUCGCGAAAUGACCAUGAACGAAUUUAAAUUUAUUUGGAUAAUGGAAUAUUCGCAUCGAAUGGUCGCUCGUAUUACGGGGUUGUUCUAUCUGUUGCCGGCCACGGUGUUCUGGGUGAAAGGGUACUUUUCUAAACGAAUGAAGCUGCCGGUUGUGCUUGGUGGUUCAUUGCUUAUAUUCCAGGGCCUGCUUGGUUGGUACAUGGUCAAGUCAGGGUUAGACCCGACGGGGAAUUCCAACGCUGCCGUCCCACGUGUCAGUCAGUACAGAUUGGCGGCGCAUCUGACUUCGGCUUUCGCCUUGUAUGGCCUGUUGUUCUGGUGUGGCUUGAGUCAUCUGUUUCCUGCCGGAGGGCUUACAGGCCCAGGAGUAUCGCGUCUGCGCAUUCUUGCCGGAUCGACCUUAGUUCUAACCUCGCUAACGGCCGUCGUUGGUGCGUUCGUUGCCGGACUCGAUGCUGGCCUCGUAUAUAACUCGUGGCCAAAGUUUAGCGACCGUUGGGUCCCAACCGAUUUAUGGGCGUUGGAUCCACGAUGGAAAAACAUUUUCGACAAUCCGACGAAUGUUCAGUUUUUUCAUAGGAAUUUGGCAUAUGCCACCGUGCUUGUUGCAUUGGCCACUUUCGCCGUCGGUCGAAAAUUGCCUCUUUCGCGUAGAACCCGUGUCGUAUUGGACAACGUGCUUUACGUCAGCUGUUUUCAAGUAGCGCUGGGCGUCGCUGCUCUCGUGUACUACGUUCCAGCUUGGCUCGGAUCGUUGCAUCAGAUUAAUUUCAUGUUUCUUCUGUCAUUCGCCACGAUGCUUUUGCACGAAGUCAAGCGUUUACCUGUCAAAUGA